UUGCACCUCUUGCAGCGUUUGGAGCCCGGUGGGGUAUCGCCAUGGCAGCUCAGAUGACAGAUGCUCAUCGACGGUUCUUGCAGGUCCUUAUGUCUCAUGGGAUAAUGGAAGGAUCAGAGGCCAGGAAGCUUCACAAGUGCUGCUGUGAAAUACAUAAAGUCUACUACGCACAUGAUAAACUGGAUCAUUUCAUCACCACUAUUAACAGCCAUCUCCAGCCGUUGUUUAUGCAGAUCCGGAAAGGCAUGUCGGAGGGGGACGGCAGAGCACACUACGCCCUGGUGAAUUUGGCAGAAACUGAAAUAACUAAACUGGCAUCUGACUAUGCAGAAAAUGAAUUAGAAUUGUUCAAAAAAACAAUGGACCUAAUCAUGUUAUCAGAAAAUGGCUUUGCCUCUUCUACAGAUAUUUUAAACUUGGCUGACCAACUUAAGACAAAGAAAAUGAAGAAAAAGGAAGCAGAACAAAUGCUGAAAGUUUUUGUGGAGAAUAAGUGGCUUUCUGAGAGAAAUGGAGAAUAUACUCUGCAUACUCGCUGCAUAAUGGAGAUGGAACAGUACAUUCUCACCAACUAUCCAGACACGGCGAGGAAGUGCAACAUCUGUCACACCCUGGCUGUGCAGAGCCAAGUAUGUGAAUCCUGUGGAACUGGAAUGCAUUUACCAUGUGUCAGAAAGUACUUUAAAGCUCAGACUGAACCACGCUGUCCACAGUGUAACACCACCUGGUCCUGUGACAUUCCAGGUGCGUGUCUGAGAGACUCCCAGUCACCAUCCGGAACGUGGAGAGCAGAGAAGAGCUUUACUCUCAGCGCUCGCUGAGGACAGGGAAACCUGCUUCCACCGACAUCCGUGUUCCCCACUCUUGCAGAAUAGCCAGACUGUACUCAUUCAGUAACAGUGUGUUAUUCAAUGUAGUUCUUUUUUCCUGAAGUUUUAUGAAUCUUAUAAUAAAACUAUCAUUGACCGACCUGCUCUCCUUCAGAGUUACGCCUGCAAAGCUUUCUGGGAGGCUGUUCUGUUAUUGCAGUUCUCCAUAUUCUUGGGUUGGGACUUGCUGCAUGUUUGGCAGUGAAGGAUGCAAAUGUUUGACUGGGAAGAAUAAGAAUUCUCUCAGCUUAACUGGGAAGGGGCAAUGCCAGCUUAUGUCUGGAAGU